UCUCCUCCAUUUCUCAGGAGAAGCUCUGAGCUUUCCAGGAGCUAAAAACCCUAGACAUUGGGCAAGAGGAACAGAGUUCUAUCUUUUUCUCCUUCUUCUGCUUCUUCCCUAACUUUUACAGGGUGAUCUGAUAAGGUUGUAAUAGCGAGGAUGACGGGUUUUGAUGCUUGCUUGAUGUUCAUUCUACUUUUAUCUUGCUCGGCUUCAAUUGGAGAUGCUGAGUAUCUGAAAUACAAAGAUCCGAAGCAACCUAUCGGGAUUAGAAUUAAGGAUUUGCUGAAGCGGAUGACCCUUGCAGAGAAGAUCGGCCAGAUGACGCAGAUCGAACGGAAGGUUGCAUCGGCACAAGUCAUGAAAGAAUAUUUCAUUGGUAGCGUAUUAAGUGGCGGGGGGAGUGUGCCUGCUCCCCAGGCAUCGGCAGAGGCUUGGGUGAAUAUGGUAAAUGAUUUUCAGAAGGGUGCUUUGUCAACACGUCUUGGAAUUCCAAUGUUAUAUGGAAUUGAUGCAAUUCAUGGCCAUAACAAUGUUUACAACGCAACUAUAUUUCCUCACAAUAUUGCCCUUGGUGCUACUAGGGAUCCUGAACUUGUGAAGCGGAUUGGUGCAGCAACUGCUCUUGAAGUGAGGGCUACAGGCAUUCCUUACACAUUUGCUCCAUGCAUUGCAGUUUGUAGAGAUCCUAGAUGGGGUAGGUGUUUUGAAAGCUAUAGUGAAGACCACAAAAUUGUCCAAGCAAUGACUGAGAUAAUAACUGGUCUACAAGGAGAUGUCCCUGCAAACUAUAGAAAGGGCACUCCCUAUGUUUCUAAAAAUGACAAGGUUGCGGCCUGCGCCAAGCACUUUGUUGGCGAUGGUGGGACUCAAAAGGGUAUUAAUGAGAACAAUACCCUCAUCAAUCGCCCGGGAUUAUUAAGUAUCCACAUGCCCGCAUACUAUAGCUCGAUCGUCAGAGGUGUUUCGACAAUCAUGGUGUCGUACUCUAGCUGGAAUGGGGUUAAAAUGCAUGCUAAUCAUGAUAUGAUCACCGGCUUCCUUAAGAACACACUGCAUUUUAAGGGUUUUGUUAUCUCAGAUUGGCAAGGCAUUGAUAGGAUAACUAGUCCUCCUGGUGCAAACUACACUUACUCUGUCCAAGCUGGAGUCAAUGCUGGUAUUGACAUGGUGAUGAUUCCUUUUGACUACGCGCCAUUCAUCAGCGAUCUAACUGCUCUUGUCAACAGCGAAGUUGUGUCAAUGAGCAGAAUAGAUGAUGCUGUCAAAAGAAUUCUACGUGUGAAAUUCUCCAUGGGUCUCUUUGAGAAACCUUUGGCUGAUCUUAGCUUGGUUGAUCAACUUGGAAAAAAAGAACACAGAGAGUUGGCCAGAGAAGCUGUUAGGAAAUCACUAGUGCUGCUGAAGAAUGGGAAAUCUGCUACGGGACAGCUGCUGCUACCCCUCCCUAAGAAAGCUCACAAUAUCUUAGUUGCGGGCAGCCAUGCUGAUAAUUUGGGUUACCAGUGUGGUGGGUGGACGAUCGAGUGGCAAGGAGCCAGUGGAAGAAUUACUACUGGAACCACGAUUCUCGAAGCCAUUAAAUCAACCGUUGAUCCUUCUACUGAAGUAACCUACUCAGAGAAUCCAGACACCAGCUUUCUGGAAAACAACAAUUUCUCCUACGCCAUCGUCGUCGUCGGAGAACCACCAUACAGCGAGACUGCCGGAGACAGCCUCAACCUGACAAUCUCAGAACCCGGCCCAAGCACCGUCCAGACUGUAUGUAGAACCAUUAAGUGCGUUGUUGUCGUCAUCUCCGGCCGGCCCGUCGUGAUAGAGCCGUAUAUUGGAUUGAUCGAUUCCCUCAUCGCUGCCUGGUUACCGGGGUCAGAAGGCCAGGGUGUGGCUGAUGUUCUGUUUGGGGACUUUGGAUUCACAGGUAAGCUUCCAAGGACUUGGUUCAGGUCUGUGGAUCAGCUUCCAAUGAAUGUUGGGGAUAUGCACUAUGAUCCAUUGUUUCCCUUUGGAUUUGGUUUGACAACUGAGCCUAUAAGGAAAUAAAGCUGAAAAAAAUUUAUUUUGUUUUGAAGGUUGUAAAAUUUUUCUA